UAUCCCAAACCUGGAGUUUGGAGCGGUGCUGAAGAGUGACAACAAGCUUGACGUUCCAUCGAGAUCGAAGUGGAGAGAAGAGGAGGGGGAGCUUCUAGGGAAGGAGAUGUCGUCGCUUGGGACGUCGAAGGGGAUCCUGGAGAUCGUCAAGUUCGCGAUCUACGUCGCCGUUCCCAUUUCCCUCACCUACGCUGUUGUUACCGACUCCAAGACCAUCCACAAGCUCAUGGGCUUCCGGUCAUAUGUUGUAUACCCUCCAGAGGGACCACGUCCUCCACCCCCAGAAGAGCUCCGGGAAAGGGCUCGUGAGAUAGCUCGUGAGAUGGCCCGCAAGAACAAUUCUCCCUGAGCCACCGCUUCUUUCGUAUCAUCGUGGUGAAAGUGAUGGCAUCCAAAUGUGACUCAGUUUUGUUUUCAUUUCUCGAAAACAAUCUGUUGGAGGAGGCGAGCAGCUCAUUUUGCUUCAGACUUGUCUAAAUUUAUGCCAAUGGUGUUAAACUAAACAUUAACAGUACUAAACAAAGGAUGUACUCGGAAUAAGCUUGUGAUGAAUAGUAAUAAAUGAAGUUCUUUGUCAGUAUUGUAAAUCUUCAA